GGAAUCCAUUGUAUUAUCAACAUGGUUCUAGAUUUGUGAGAAGUAAUGCAAUGGAUGGCAACCCUACUGGUGUAACCCAUAGCUCAGCGUUGAAUCCUUACCACGUAUCGAACAAAGGACUAUAUGCACAUAGUAGCGAGAUGGAUUCUACAAGCCGUUCCUUGUGGAAUGUAGCGGAAUCCACCUUAAUGAACCCUCAGGAGCAUCAUGGAGGAUGGGUGCCUGUGAACAUGCCAUACAGUGGUAUGCACCAAGCAGUGGCACCGGUAAAUCAUCCCUUUAUACCAACUGACCCUAUGUACAUGGAUUCUUCCGGGUACAUGCGUACUGAGACCCAUUUGGCUGAGGAUGAAGGUGAUUUCGUGGAUAUGGGUUCUAACCUACUCAAUAGAACCGUGGAUGAAAAGGAGUCAGUGGAAAGCGAGCAGGUUGACGAGAAGGAUGAAUUUGCAAGGACACUGCCACCUUCACUCAGGAAGCAAUAUGAGAUAUUCAACACCUACGGCACCAUAACUGAGCAGUUGCGCCAGGAGUUCGUUAGGCGCAGCAAGCUGUUCCCCAAGGUCCGUGGAGUCUGGUUCAACUCUGCCCUUAGGCGCAUGGGAUGGGUAGGUCAGGCAUACAAGAAGUGCAAGCGCAUUGAGAGGAUAUUCUCCGUGAGGCAACAUGGUUUCGCUGGCGCUCGCGCCCUUGCUAUAGAAUUCCGUAACUCCCAGAAGCCCACUUUAAAAGCGCUAGAGCAAUAUGACGAAACCGCGUCACAAGCAGAUACGGCGUAUGACAACGGGAGUAAUGACUUCGCCAUGGCAGAAACCACAGACCCGGAAAAGGAGAUUGUAGACGAACUGAUUGAAACUCAGACUACCUGCGCUGAGCACCCUGGUAGCUAUGGAAUCUCACUGAAUGAAUCGGGUAAUACCACUAAAAGUGAAGCCACGCUGUGCUCUGAAGGUGAUAUGGACCAGCUGGGUAACACCGUGGGUCAUACAUCCUUCGAAGACGACAUCUCAAGCGAGUUCUACUAUUAUAAGACUAACCUCACACCCGAGGAGAUUGUACACCGGGACCAUAUGUGCAAAAAGGCGUUAAAGUUCAUGCUGCAUGAACUGUCGCACCUAAUUGACCUUGACAUACCAUUACCCGGGCUAAACAAGGAUAUGUGCCAAAAGGGGAUCCAAUACCACCUUGGUGCUAUUGAAAAAGCAAAGAGUGCAAGGGAGAUGGUGCCAUAUAUAGCCAUUUUCGGGGGGCAUAUCUGCCUAGGUAUACCACCACUUGAUAUCCCCUAUAACGAGAUAUACAGCAUCAUCUCGCUGUUAUCGUAUUCAUUGCCUCUUGGCACUGAGUUCAGUGCCUCGAGUACAAUGCCUUUUGUCAACAAGAAAUACGUUGCUGACAUCCGGGACCUCAUUGUAUCAUGAUAUUUUUUUGUAUUCAUUUUUAAUCGCAAGAAAACAUUAG